GAACACAGUGCAGUACUGGCUGCUCCUGGACCGCAUUGUCCAACAGAUGGUCCUGCAGAGUGACAAAGGUCACGACCCUGAUGUCACGCCAUUAGAAAACUUCAAUGUAAAGAAUGUGGUUCGAAUGCUUGUCAAUGAAAAUGAGGUGAAACAGUGGAAGGAACAGGCGGAAAAAAUGCGUAAAGACCACCAUGAGCUUCAACAGAAGCUGGAAAAGAAGGAGCGAGAGUGUGAUGCAAAAACUCAGGAGAAGGAGGAGAUGAUGCAAACGCUCAACAAGAUGAAAGAGAAGUUAGAAAGAGAAAUGGGGGAACAUAAACUAGUCAAGCAGCAGGUGUCAGAAAUGACUUCCAGACUACAUCACCUUAGCACGAGACAAGUAGCCAGUGUUCCCGGAGGGCCUCCCAUCCCUGGUCCUGCAGGUGGCCCUCUCUUGCCCCCUCCACCUCCUCCACCUCCACCGGGGGGCAUGAUGCCUCCUCCACCACCUCCUCCACCGGGCAGUGCUGUGAUGCCGCCGCCUCCACCACCGCCCCCUGGUGGCCCCCUGCCACCCCCUGGACGGCCUCCUUUCGGUGCAGCUCCGCCUCCGCCAGGAGCUCCCGUGGGACCGUCCCUGAAGAAGAAAAACAUUCCUCAGCCGUCCAAUCCACUCAAGUCCUUCAACUGGGCCAAGCUGUCUGAG